AUGGCGUAGAUGGAGAACAGUUUAACGGUAUAGAGCAGGUGGGGUUUUUGUUCUCGUCGUGUAACGGGACACAGGACGCGGGGGAGAGCCGCAUAUCGCGUGCUUGCGUGCGUCAGAGAGGACGUGGUAGGACAGCUGGAGCGCGCGCGCCCGCCCGACCGAAGAGCAAUAACAGCAUUUUCAGCGACAUCACUCGAUUUACGCCAUGCAAAUAACACGAGAAAAUGAAACGGGACUGGUACGACAGAGAGUGUAAGACAUUUGUCGUGUAUCUGAUCUCCUAAUGCUUCCUAUAAUUUAUGAUUAACAAGAUUUGGGACGUUGCAACACAGUCGCCAGAUCUCAGGGAAUAACCGAGUCUUAACCGCCACAUACCCCGAUAAACCUGAGCAGCAUGCCAGAGCAGAGUAAUGAUUACCGGGUGGUGGUCUUUGGAGCAGGGGGCGUGGGCAAGAGCUCCCUGGUUCUGCGCUUCGUUAAGGGCACCUUCAGGGACACCUACAUCCCGACAGUGGAGGAUACAUACCGACAGGUCAUCAGCUGCGACAAGAGCGUAUGCACACUGGAGAUCACCGACACCACUGGCAGCCACCAGUUCCCUGCUAUGCAGCGUCUGUCCAUCUCUAAGGGCCACGCCUUCAUCCUGGUCUACUCCAUCACCAGCAGGCAGUCGCUGGAGGAGCUGAAGCCCAUCUACCAGCAAGUGCUGGCCAUCAAAGGUAAUGUGGAGAACAUCCCAAUCAUGCUUGUGGGUAACAAGAGCGACGAGACCCAGCGUGAGGUGGAGACCAAGGAGGGCGAAGCUCAGGCAAACAUCUGGAAAUGUGCGUUCAUGGAAACAUCAGCCAAGACCAACUCCAACGUGAAGGAGCUUUUUCAGGAGCUCCUAAACCUGGAUAAGAAGCGGGAUAUGAGUCUGAACAUGCGCUCCAGCAAGCAGAGACGUGCAGACAAGCUGAAGGCGAAGUGCAGUGUGAUGUAGGAAGCUGGAUCCAUGGUCGCACCACUCAACGCGUAACUGACUUCUUGAUAAUGUACAUAAGUCCCUCACCUUAAAGGAACAGUAUGCCCAAAAAAUAAAACUUCUGUCAUGAUUUACUUAUCAUCCUGCCGUUUAUGACCCAUAUGACACAAAAGGAGAUUUUUUUUAAGGAAUUGUACUGACCAAACUUGUCCAUGCAAACAAAAAAUCUCAUUGAAAUUGUCAGUUUGACUUGUGAGGUGUAUUCCAAGUGUUAUAAGGGAAGUCAUUAGAGAUCAUAUUAACUGACCAUAAUCAUAACCGUAAGUCGAACUCAUGAAUGAAACAUUUGGACUGAUUUUGUGGAUCAACUGAUUCUUCAAAAAGAUUCAAGCAAACAAUUUGUUUAUAAAUUAGAUUUCAUUACAUAUUGCAUUAACAUGCCAAAUUGACCCAGGGUGAAUGUAAAACGUUUCAGUAUAUAAUAAUGUAAAUUUCAGCUAUUUUUCCACACAAAUCUAUUGAAUGGCUUUAUAAGACUUGGAAUUCAGCGCACUAGUCAUAUGGACCACAUUUAUAAAGCUUUUAUGGUUCUUUUGCACCUUUAUGAUUCUUAUAUUUCCUUUUUUUGUGUUCAAUGGAAGAAAGCCAUGCAUGUUUGGAACAACACGAAGGGUGAGUAAAAGAUGACAGAACUUUCAUUUUUGGGUGAACUCUCCCUUUAACUAUCGAUUCCUCUCAGUCUUAAUCAGGUAAUCUUUAGUGUGCAUCUAAACCUUCAAUUGUCUCCCUUCCCCUGUAUGAUCUGGCUCCUGUAGUGACUUUGUGUACAGGACUAUAAGAGUUGACACAUGAAGCAGGGAGGACGUCCCACUAUUCUCACACAUGCUCUCUCUACUGCUUUCUGUGGACUUUUUAUUGAAUUCAAGACAGACCAAAUCAUCAAUAUGGCCAUUUUUAUGUCUGGCUGUGGUUUUAAUGGUACGGUGUCAAAAUGCAGACAUAAAUGUCUUGAACUGGUUAUGCAUUGUAUGGGAUUCUCAUCCAAAGAAAGAAAAGGCCUGGACACAGCUAAAGAGGCGACACUAUCCGCUCUUCCAAAUUACAUAGCAGCACAAAAGCCUUUUACAAAUCGGGAAAACAAUUCGGGACGAAGGACAUUCAUAGUUAACCGGCUUGCCAGUGAUGUAACCUGGUAUAACAGAGUAAAGUGCAUAAUGCAUGUCUGAUAUAAACUACCUUCAUAUUAAAUGUGAUUGAAAUCUUUUCAUCGAGAACAGAGCUAUACCUUAUUGAAGCACAGUGAAUAAGUCUUAAAUGUGAUCAUUUCUAAAAGCUAUUUUUUUGUGAGGGGGGUGGGGGUUUGGGGGUGUCGAUCGGUGCUUUGUUUUACUCUGUUUUGUUUUUCAAGUGUUGAUGGCACUCGAAAACUUUAAUAUAUGCAUUUCAUCAUCUAACUGAAAACAUAUAUCCUGUAUGUGAAAUCUAUGUGUAUUAUCAGCACUAAUGAAAGCCCCUGUACAGCCCCUGUUUUUCUGUCAGUGUCUAUAUUUCCUCUGAUAAUUUAUUGCCAUUUGCUUUAGCAAUACAUAAUACUAUAAAAGCACUUUUAGAAUCUUGAGCACAUUCAAAACACAGAGCAUUAACCUUUACAAAAAUGUUCUUGUCAAACACUCUGCGUUUACAACUUUACUGCAGAUACAGUGUUUAUUCAAUAAAUAUUAUGUGAGGGACCAGAAAAAUAAAGAAGCACAAACAAAAGGGAAUUAAUUACUGCUUGUUUUCUUUUGUGGGUUUGAACAUCUACGUACAGUAUACAGUGGCCCCAAAAGUAUUUGGAUACUUUUGGACACUCAAGUCACAUGUAAAAAUGCCAUUGCAUGACAAUGCAAAUGCACUGAAUUUAUUUACAAAAUAUUAAACCAAGUGGCAUCUGGAAACACAUAACGCUAGAGCUCUUAGAACUAAUGGCACUUUUCUGAGCAGUUUGUGAACAAUUCUCAAGGUGAUUUUUACAGGAUGUAUGAAGUCAGUUCGUUAUAUAGAAAAGCAUUAAUUGAUUUAUCAUUUAAUUAAUCAAAAAUGAUUUUGACAUGUUUUGCUUGAAAAAGCAUGUUUGUGCCAUACUGUAUCUCUUUCCAGCAAAUGCUUUGAUAUUUCUACAUACUUUAAAACAAAAGACAUUCCUACAUUUUUAAGUCUCACUUAAAUGUCAAAAUACUUUCUGGGGCCACUGUAGAUGAGAUUGCAGGUACUCACCAUAAUUCAUUAAGGUGAAAAGUCUUUUUUAACAGAGAUGUGAACUUUAGGCCCUUAUUAUAUUACUGCAGUUGAUGAUGGAUAAUAAUGAUAGAUACUGAGGGGAAUGAGUGUACCUGAAGAUGCAGCAAGAGCAUCUGGUGGAACAUCUGCUCAGUCAGCCAUGAUGUAUCUCAGAAGAUUCAACAGAAAGAGAAGCAUGAAUUAAUUGAUAAAAUAAAAGCAUAUUUUUGUGUA